UUUAAUAAAUAAAAGAUACACAUGUGUAUUAAAUCUGUAUUUUGUAAUUGUGAAAUAUUAAAAUAUCUGAAAAUACAAGAAUCAAAUAUUAUUUUAUGCAAGAUUUAAAGUAAAUUUAAAGUUAUAAAUAAAAAAUAUAAAAGUCACUACGGAUUAUUUCUAAGUAUACUAAAGAUUGCAGUCUCAAAAGGAAAAGAAAAGACCAUCAGAUGAACGCAAGCAGAUAAUCGACGACGAGAAUUUGUCAAAUGGAACGUCAUAAUAAUCAUAAUUUUAAUUUGUAUGCGCCAUAAUGGAUGAGCUAAGAAGAAAAUCAUCGCUUAACGCACCACCAAAUAUAUCUCAAACCAUCACAAAUCCACCACUGCAACGACAUCAAAGUUUGUCGGAAGCUGAACGAACUUAUAUCUUCACAUCAAAUGUGAGCGAAGGUCAACCAAAUGUGGGACUCUUGCCAAGCGCCGUUCGUAUCGGUUCGGGACAUUCUCGAUCUAUCAGUCAUGGUGGAGGAUCCGUGGGUGGACCACUUCGACCAUCACUUAAAUCGGCGAUGAAAGGAGGUCAUCAACGUGCGUUAUCUCAAGGCCAAAUUCAUGAUCCGCCAAGAUCAGGUCAUACUCGUGUUGGAUCGAAAACCGAUUUUAUUCUACCACCAACACAUAAAGAUCCUGAUGAGAAUCUUGAUUCAAAUGCGACAAGUGCUUUGUCAGGUCGU